CAGCACCACUAGUACAGAGAGCUGUGUAUCUAGCAGUAUCUAGCAGCAGCAGCAGCAGCACCUGGAGGGGAGGAGCCGGCCACUGACACAUCCACAUCCCCACACUCCGAACGUCAGCCAGGGGGGAGCAGCCAAUGGCCACCGGGAUCCUCCUGUACUGAGCAGCGCACACAACAUGGAGCACAUCAGGCUGCCCAAGGUUGAAAAUGUGCGCUUGUUUGACCGGAUAUCUUCCAGGAAGGCGGCCUUGGGAACCUUGUAUCUCACAGCUACUCACGUCAUUUUCGUUGAAAAUAUCUCAGAAACUCGCAAAGAAACUUGGAUUCUUCACAGCCAGAUCUCUGCCAUUGAGAAACAAGCGACAACUGCCUCCGGCUGCCCUUUACUUCUCCGCUGCAAAAACUUCCAGGUUAUCCAGCUCAUCAUUCCGCAGGAAAGAGACUGCCAUGAUAUUUACAUCUCAUUAGCCAGACUCUCUAGGCCAGUUAAAUAUGAAGAGCUGUAUUGCUUUUCUUUCAAUCCCAAGCUGGACAAGGCAGAACGAGAGGAAGGCUGGAAGCUAAUUGACUUAAGUGAGGAAUACAUUCGAAUGGGGGUUCCCAAGAGCCUGUGGCAGCUCAGUGAUGUCAAUCGGGAUUAUCGUGUGUGUGACUCGUAUCCCACUGACCUCUACGUACCAAAAUCUGCAAGUGUGCCAGUCAUCGUUGGGAGCUCCAAAUUCCGGAGCAGGGGCCGCUUCCCCACUCUCUCCUAUUAUAGUCAGAAUAACAAUGCGUCCAUUUGUCGUAGUAGUCAGCCACUGUCUGGCUUCAGCGCGCGGUGUCUUGAAGAUGAACAGAUGCUGCAGGCCAUACGGAAAACUAAUCCAGGAAGUGAUUUCCUUUAUGUUGUUGAUACCAGGCCAAAAUUGAAUGCAAUGGCAAACCGUGCAGCCGGGAAAGGCUAUGAGAAUGAAGAUAACUACUCAGAUAUAAAGUUUCAGUUUAUUGGCAUUGAGAACAUCCAUGUGAUGAGGAACAGUCUGCAGAAGAUGCUGGAAGUUUCGGAACUUCGCUCUCCUUCUAUGGGGGAAUUUCUUUGGGGACUAGAAGCCUCUGGAUGGCUGAGACACAUCAAAACCAUACUGGAUGCAGGCAUCUUCAUUGCAAAGGCAGUGUCGGAAGAAGGAACCAGUGUACUUGUUCAUUGUUCUGAUGGAUGGGACCGCACUGCCCAGGUCUGCUCUGUGGCAAGCCUACUGCUUGACCCGUAUUACAGAACCAUCAAAGGGUUUAUGGUAUUAAUUGAAAAAGACUGGAUUUCAUUUGGUCACAAAUUUAAUCACAGGUAUGGAAAUUUAGAUGGGGACCCAAAAGAAAUCUCACCAGUGAUGGAUCAGUUUUUGGAAUGUGUUUGGCAGCUCAUGGAACAAUUCCCGAGUUCUUUUGAAUUUAAUGAGCGGUUCUUGGUCCACAUUCAGCAUCAUAUAUACUCAUGCCAGUAUGGAAACUUCCUCUGCAACUGCCAGAAGGAGAGGAGAGAACUGAGAGUUCAAGAGAAAACCUACUCACUGUGGUCCUACUUGUGGAAGCAGCAGUUAGAUUACAUGAACCCACUGUACAGAGCUGACAGUCAAACACAGGCAACGCUGCACCCAAAGACUGCGCCAUGCAAUUUCAAGUUCUGGAGAGGGCUUUACAACCGCUUUGAAAAAGGCAUGCACCCCCGACAGUCGGUGACUGAUUUUCUGCAGGCGGUGAAAGAAGAGACCCAGCAGCUGGAGGAGGAACUGGAGUUCAUGGAAAAGAGAUUGGCUAAACUGGAAACUGAGCAGACCAAUAAAACCAAUAAGAAGCUCUGUGACCACCAGAAAGACAAUACCUUCCAGAUCUGUAUCACCAAACACUCCCCUGCCAACACUCCCCAGGAUUACAGCAGCAACCUGAAGCUGUUUCCUUCCCGCAGUCCUUCCCAGGGCGAGGAGGACUCUGCCCUCAUCCUAACCCAGGACCAUUUGAGGAGCUCUGACCCUGACCUUUCUACUAAUAGUGACCAGGAGUCCGGGGUGGAGGACUUAAGCUGCAGGUCUCCAAGUGGUGGAGACUCCAUACCCAGCGAGGACAGCGGAAAGGACCCCGAUUCAGAUGAAGCAGUGUUCCUGAACGCCUAAAUGUCUUAGCAUCUAUUUGCUAUUAUAUUAUGUGGUAUAUUUAUUUUAUAGGGAGCUGUGCAAUGCUGUCUGGGAACAGUAUGCUGAAGAGAAAUGCACCACUCACCUAGGCCCACAUGUAAGGAAAGUAGAGUGGGCAGGAGAUUAGGAGCUGUGUUUUUCUCUGUGGGAUCCCUGAUCAUUCAGAAGUGAUGUAAAACUAUUUUUUUUUUUUUUUACGAAUUGAGAAUUAGGGAUCCUUGUGACAUAAUACUCGUCUGGUCUAUUAAAGCACCCUUGAGUUACCUCUGCAUUUCCAAACCCAGUAGAACAGGCACAGAUGCAUGUCAGUAAAUAUACCUGCAACCGUGUCAUUUGCAUUAUGAUGAAGAUGUUCAGUGAUGCAAACCAGGGUUUGUGGUAACUUUUAUACAGCGUACAGAUGAACGGGUCACCAAACUGAUCAUUUGUGGGUCGUAUAUGUUAGUGAGGAUGCUUCUUCUCAAGGAGUAACCAAAUGAUUUCCUUUUGGCACAAAUUGAGAUUUUACACUUUUCCCUAUCAGUUUCAUUGUAGAGAAAAUCCUUAUGGUGCCCAUACACUUGUGAGAUAUUAGGUGCUAUCCUUCGAUUUCGACCUCAUCUGCGAAGGAUUGUAUGCACAUUCUAGGUACCUUGAGACACGAUGCGCGGGCACGCCGCUCGAAUGUCGCGUCUCAAGAUAGUAUGUGCUGCACUUAAUAUUUCUUGCAUCGCAGUGCGAUCGCAUGUGGUUUUUAAACCACAUGCGAUAUAUCGCACUGCGAUGUGCGAUGGGCAACCGCCAGGAGCGGCCCGAGGCCGCUCCCACUCGGCGGUGACGUGCCCAUCACGUGAUUACCAUGCGAUCUAUCGCAUGGUAAUCACUUUGGCAGUUCAGUUGCGAUUUCAUUGCACCUGAACUGCCGGUGCGAUGACCCGCGAUGUCGCGUCGCGGGGCAUCGCACAAGUGUAUGGGCACCAUAAGUGUGUCUGCUGGAGUUACAGAUGGAAAUCACGUGGCUGUAUGACUGGUAAUAUUCAUGGCAUGUAUUAUGUAUAUCAAUGCGAUGCGACUAGGAUGCACAAGAAGGCUCUGCUGAUAUUUGAUAUGACCAUAGGUGUGCGCAGGGGGGGUGCCUGGUGCGCACAGGCACCCCUAAUGUCUGGCACCCCGAUCUCACAUGCCUGAUGCAGCGAUCGCAGAGCAGGCUGAUUACUGUCUCCUCUGCGCUGCACCCUGUCAGGACUGCAUUACUGACCGGGCGCUUGGGUUAAUCGAAAGUGCCACUGCCACCGUCUUUCAAAUUCCCAGCUCCACCACCAUGUACAAAAACAGCGUGAUGUGAUGUGAUUACGUCAUGCUGCUCGCACGUCCAUCCGUCACACCCACCACAUACACACCUCUCUACUUCUAUUCUAUGCCAACGCCAGCCACUGAUGAGGAUCAGCAUGCAGCCAGCAUUCCUCUUAGGAAGACAAAUUCAAUACUGGCAGGCGGAUGGCAGCAACAUUGACACGUCACUCGUUUUUCCAGCAGCAGCAGCAGCAAUACCAGUCUGCGACUGUCAGUUUAGUUACUGACUUGUAAGUAAGCUGCUGCAGCUUGCAGGGGAAAGACCAGGCUGAGGAGGAGCAGUGUAAUUGCAUGAGUGCCAUCAGGGGUGUUUGUUUGGUGCACACCACAACAUCUGACAAUGUAUCUGCUUUAUUAGGAUUGGUACAAAGGUGGAUAUUUUACAUGCGUUGACCAUCAAUAGAUGGUGCUAAACACGCCCAAAAGGCGGUGCUAGACACACCCCUCCGACGGUGCACCCCCUAAUAAAAUGUGCUGCGCACGCCAGUGGAUAUGACACUCGUAUAUCUGUGUGUGACUGAGAUAAUCUGCAUACGAAGUGCCACAAUGUAGCAACCGCAGCUUUUAUCCAGUACAUGUUCUGUUGUGCUCCGUAUACAGACUCAGUCACACAAUAUACAAGUGUCAUAUAUCAAAUUAAUCAGCAGUGUCUCCUAGUGCAUCAUUGUCGCAUUGUAUUUUGACUAAGACAACAUUUUUGCAAAAAAAGAUGCACAGAACCUGGUGGCUCACUUACAUGGUGUAUGAAGAUACAUUUGUAUGUUUGAUAUUCAGUGGCUUCAAAAAGCAAUUAUCCAUGUGACGUUUUUCACAUUUUACAUUCAUACGUCCUGGAAUCAAAGGGGAUUUUUCUGGGAAUAUUUAAUUCUGAUAUGAAGAAAAAAUAAUUGUGAAAGCAUUUUUUAAUACAUGGAAGAAGCAGCUUGUGCAAAUUGUGCUGGCUCUAGCGCAUAGGACACUUAUCUGCUGAUAACACCUCUCCCCCAUAGAGAUGUGUCCAUAUCUGUGAAAGCACUGUUAUCCGUGUACUGCACUGAGUGGAUGAGCGCUGUGACAGGGAGACAUUAGUUUGUCAUCACUGCUGUAUAAGUGGGAACAUCACAUGUGGAGAGUUUGGCAGUGUGAUACACUUGCUGAACGGUGGCAUGAUUAAGUAUCAAAGUAAUUAACACCGCUUGGUGUAGGCUAGGGCGUAUCAUAAUACAUAAUGAGUUACCUGCAAUUAUAGCACUCACUGCGUUUGGUUAUAUGCUUUGACAUUAACCAUUGCCUGUGUUUAGGAAGUGUAAUAUACUGUAACAAGCAGCGGCGGCUCCUACCUUGUUGGAGGAGGAGAGCUGCCGCUGCUGCCAGGUCUCCCCCUCCUUGUCCCCGUUGCGGCUGCCGUCUGGUUCCCGGCACUUGUACUAUGUACAGUUCACAGACGCCGGGACCCGGCGCAUGCGCAAUAGCGGCGUCGGUACUGCGCAUGCACAAAACCAAGGCUUCUAUGGACUGCAUCAGCUGCAGCCCAUAGAAGCUGGCUAGGGCUGAUGAGGCAGGGAGCCGGCUUUCUAGAGGAAGCUAGCUCUCUGCCUAUUGGAGCCUGGCCUGGCACUCCCGGAGGGGACUGCCUGUAGUGUGUGACUGGCAGGUAUGACCUCCAAUAGGAAGUCACUGCCAGUCACAGUAAAGCCAGUGCAGCCACAUGGACUGCAUCUGGGUUCACUGUGAGUGAGCUGGGUGGCGGAUUUUACCUGGGGCGGCUGCAGUCCUGCAGCCAGGGGCAGAUCCAGGAAAAAAUUACAGGAGCGGCACCUUGUGCAUGCCGAAGGCGUGCAGUCCCAUGAAGGUGUGCGUGGCCUCACAACAAGGGCAUGACCUAGCAACAAGGGUCAUGGCCUCAAAGGAAACGUUGUAUUCAUAAGACGGGAAGAGGGUGACACUUUGGAGAGGCAGCGGGUGACAGGAGAGAGAGGGUGAUGGGUUUAUAGUGACGCAGGGGAGAGGUGGAUGUGGGAGACGGAGGGGCAGUGGGUGACAGAGAGAGGCAGAGUGGGUAACACUGGGGAAAGGGUGACGAGGAAAAAGUGGGUGAUGCCAGGGGGAGGUGGCAGCGGGUAACAAGGAGAGGGGGACAGGGAGAGGCAGUGGGUAGCUAAGGUCUCUGUAGGAGUAGGAGGGAGUAGUGAGACAUUUGUAGUGAGGUUUACAGAGGCAUGAAGGGAAAGAUUCACUGGGGAAACAGACAUUAUACACACGGUAUGAGCCGAAAUUCACAUUAUAGCACAUAGUAUGAGACGUAGUUCACAUUAUAGCACACUGUAUGAGCCAAUAUUCACAUUAUAGCACAGAGAAUGAGACGUAAUUCACAUAAUAGCACAUGGUAUGAGCCUAAAUUCACUUUAUACCACAUGGUAUGAGCCAAAAUUCACAUUAUACCACACAGUAUGAGCCGAAAUUCACAUUAUAGCACACGGUAUGAGCCAAAAUUCACAUCAUACCACACGGUAUGAGCCAAAAUUCACAUUAUGCCACAAGGUAUGCAUACACAUAUACUGUUUUUCCUUGGUACAAACAGUAUAUGUUUCCAAGCAACAUAUACUGUUUAUUCCUAAAGUUGAACUGACCUCCUCUGGGAGCUUCAGAUGGCGGCAAUGGGGAGGCAGUGAGCGGGCCACCCACUCAGACGAGUCUCCUCUGCUCCAUGCUCCACGCGGUAGUGGUGACUGGCGAGCGUCCUGCCCCAGCAGGGCCGGAUUAAGGUUUGAGUGGGCCCUUGGACAACAAACUUGUAGGGGCCCCUAUUAACAUAAUUGUGUUACAAAAAAAGUGUGUUUAUAUAUAUAUAUAUAUAUAUAUAUAUACACACACACACUGUGGAAUCUACUGUACGUCUACAUUUAUUUACUUUCAUAGAGAGAAGGGGGUAGGGGGCAGGGAUCAGAGAGAAAGGGGUUUGGGGUAGGGAUCACAGUAAAGGAGGUUUGGAACAGCACAGAGAAGGGCGUUUGGGACAGCACAUAGAAGAGGGUUUAGGGUAGGGAUCACAGAGAAGGGCGUUUGGGACAGCACACAGAAGGGGGUUUAGGGUAGGGAUCACAGAGAAGGGCGUUUGGGACAGCACAGAGAAGGGGGUUUAGGGUAGGGAU